AUGCUUUUAAAGAUCAUCUUCCCUACGCCCCCUCGUGGUGACGUCACGCGCUCAUCGCCCCCGCCCACUUAGGUCACGUGUCAGGGUCUGCUCGCCAUCUUGGCCAAUCAGCGGUGGCGAUUCCCCGGAAGUGAAACCGCGCCCUGGAGCCCGGCGGCGCCGCGCGUUGCCACGGCAACGGCCGGCAGGAUGGAGUCCGAGGAGCGGGAGUGGGGCAGACGGGCGGCCCGGCUGCGGGCCGAGCUGGAGCGGGAGCGGCGGCUGGAUGAGGCGCUGCGGGCGGAAGAAGAGAACAGAAAGCAGAGAGUGCUGCAGCUGGAGCGAGAGCAAAAGCUGGCGGCUGAGCUGGCGAGGCGGGACCUCGAGAAAAUGAAAGAUGAGAAGAUCAGACAACAAGUCAGAGCUAACAGUCUUGAACUUCGAGAGUUAGAAAGAAAGCUGAGAUCUGCUUAUAUGAAUAAAGAACGAGCUGCACAGAUUGCUGAAAAAAAAGCUAUAUACGAUGAGAAAAUGAAAUGGGAGGAUGAAGUAGCCCAAGAGAUGAAGCAAGAGUAUGACAGGUAUCUGAAGGAAGAAGUGUCUGCAGAACUGAGGCGACACCAGGAGAAGAAAAUGUACCAUCAGGAGCUGGACAAGCAGGUUGAGGAACAGGAGAAGAAGAAACAAGAGGCUUAUGAAGAGUUUCUAAGAGAGAAACUCAUGAUUGAUGAAAUUGUAAAAAAGAUCUAUGAAGAAGACCAAAUGGAAAAACAACGGAAGUUAGACAAAAUAAGAGAAACUCAGACAUAUAUUGAAGAGUUUAUAAAAGAACAAGCUGUCUGGAGGAAAAGGAAACAGGAAGAGAUGGAAGAAGAAAAUAGGAAAAUUAUGGAGUUUGCCAACAUGCAACGACAAAGAGAAGAUGAUUGGAUGGCUAAAGUUCGAGACACUGAGGAGAAUAAACAGAAAGUUCAAAACAUGGUUGCCAAGACCAUGGAAAGAGAAGAACAGAGGCGUAAAGAGCAGGAACAAAUCCGCCACGAUCUGUAUCUGGAAGAACAGGAAGCGAUGGAAAGGAAAAAGGAGAUGGCAGAAAUUGAGAAGAGAUUAAGGCAGCGCCUUGACUUAAGGCAAGCCUAUGAAGAGCACUUUGCUCUAAAGGCAGCAGCACAACAGGCUAUGAGAGAAGAGGAGGAAGCUCUCCGGCAGCGCGUUCUGGCCAAGCUGGCUGAGGACGAUCGCGUCGAGCAGCUGAACGCGCAGAAACGGAGAAUGAAACAGCUCGAACACAAAAUGGCCGUGGAGAAAAUCCUCGAGGACCGUCGCAAACAGUUUAUUGCAGAAAAAGAGCGUGAACUUGAAGAAAGAGAGUUAGAGAAGAGAAGACAAGAAAGUAUCCGUGCAAUUAUUGAGGAAGAGAGACAGAAACUCUUGAAAGAACAUGCAUGGAAAUUGCUGGGUUAUCUUCCUCGAGGAAUACUGAAAGAUGAAAACGACAUUAACAUGCUUGGAGAAGAUUUCAGGUUGGCUUACCAGCAGAGAAGAGGUAAUGAACUUUCAGAAGAGAGCUAG